AUGCAGCAAGAGAGUGUGCUGCGUGCAGUAGCAAAUCGGCUCACUGUCACUCCAGUCGAAGAUCUGCCUCGCAUUGCAGGCUUGCUCGCAGCGCAGUUGGCGGACUGUUCACUGAAUUCACGAUUUGCAGACGGCAAGGCCAGUAAUGCUUCAGUUGCUGUGCACAAGUUGAGAACACGAAUCAAUUCUCUACUCCAAGAGAAAUCCAUCGCAGGUCGAUUCACAGGUGUUGUUCUGGUCAAAGCCGCUGUUGACAAUGGUGGUGAAAAUGUCCUCCGUGCUUCGGAAAGCUGGGCUAGAGGCUUGCUCAACUGCAUCAACAAGCCGGAUACUGUCGAAGUCAAAACCCUUUACUUGGUCGCUCUUACUCGGAUAUUCGUCCUCACGCAAGAUGAUCCGGCUCUGGUACGAGAGAUCACCACGCCACUACUUCCCACCUUCAUCAAGACCACUCUAAACUUGAUUCGACCCACGAGUGUUCGAACGAGCAACGGUAGCAGGAAGGUCGCCAGUCCCAUGCUGACAUCAGUAUUGACCUGUUGGAUCCGUCUACUUCCAAGGCAUGCUUCAGUAUUCCGACCGUUCCUCAAGCAGCUGAGGCCGAUUUUGCUCACCAUUAUCGCGGACGGUGAAGCUCUCGCACGGGAACGGGAUCUGGCCAUCCAACUUCUCUGCUGGCUGCUAUGGUCGGUGCCGAAGAAUGCAAUCGUUCCGGAAUCCAUUUCAAUGUUCCGUAAUUUGAUCAAUGCGGCACAUGCCACGGUCGACAAAGCAUUUCGAGCCGUUGUCGAGGAAUACGAAUCGAAUGAUGCCACCACUACCAGAGUCAGAGGCAGGCAGAACUUCGCUAAAGAUCCAAAACAAACGGAAUCAGACUCCGCUGGACUACCUCCCUGGACUGGGAUUCAGGAAGGUAGUCAUAGACUACGGGUGAUACUAGAGUGGUUGACCUGCUUACUGUCUGUUUCAUCCGCUGAACCCUUGUCUUUACCAAUUGGGGCGCUUUCAGAUUUGACAACUCGUCUCAUGGCAAUCACAGUUCCAUCUGGCAAGGCCGGGGCGAUCAAUGACAUGAAGUAUCACGAGGAGGCAAGCAAGGACGAAAAGGAAGAGUUGUGGGUAAAUUUGCCUGAAGUUCACAAAGGUUGCCUCAGGCUUCUUGCAGAACUAUGCUCAUCGCUUGGACAAGCUCUCUUUCCCCUGCAGCAGACGAUCGUAGGCCAGAUUCUUGAUCUCUUUGCAAGUAUGUCCUGGCAUGAAAGCGUCAGGUCAGAGAUCUAUUCCGUUAUCGGGAUGAUCAUGAAGAAGCUUGAUAUUUCCGCCCUAGAGAGUCACCGGGCCGCUUUCUUAAGCCUACUGGAGCGAUGCUGCGACGAUUUGAAAACAGGAUAUGUGCAAACAACCGGAAGCAAUACUACCCCUGCCAAGAACGAUAGUAUUCACCUAGGCUCUAACGUGGCCCCAAAUGAGAAGUCCCAGGUUGGUUCUUCGUGCAAGCAACCAGAUGUAGUCGAAGCUGCUUGGAUGUUGUUGUCUCAGUCACUUAAAUACUACCCAGCUACAUCGCUAUCACGACAUAUACGGACAGAGAUGGAUCGAACUGCAGUCUUAUUGGACCAUAAGGAUGCUAUGUUAGCAAGCAUCCUGAAUCCGGUACUCGCGAAAGACGGCAAAGUUGCAGGCGCAAGCCUAUUACCCUUCCUUGUGAGAUCAAUGGACGACAACAUGGUCCUCGACGCCCUGCUCAGACCGCGAAUGCCAGUGCUUACUGAUGGUGGAGUCCAAGUUGGGACGAAUUCCACAGUCCAGGUUGGAGAUGCCGAGGAGAAUGAAAGUGAUGGCUUGGCUGAGACUGAUGUACUGGCACAUUUGGAGCAGUCGGUGGCAGAACAACAAAACGAGGAUGCAAGGGCUCUGGAAGCCAGAGUGGAUGAAGUCCACAUCACUUCUCGCCUGGAGGAUAAUAAGGACGUUCGGGCACAAAAAAGGUCGAUCGAUGCCCUGGAAACCGAGUUCGUCAGCGACGGUGCUCAUUCAACAGGAUAUCUUGGGUUGAGGGAACCCAAAAAGUCGCGUUCGGAAGCCCUCUCCGAGGAGGUAUUUACGCCAACCACAGAAGACACCCACACUGGUCGUCCCAGUGAAGUUGAUGCUGAUACUGAGCAUUUGGGGAGACUAAACACACAGCCUCCUCUUUGGCAGGCUCAAGGGCCAGAGUCUCCUAGCUACCCCGUUUCGGACACAACAGCACCCAAACAACCUCCACAGGAUGACAGCGAUAGUGACGACUCAGAGAUUCCUACCAUUGAUCCCGAGCUGGACACUGACGAGGAUGAAGAGAUGCUGUGA